UUGGCGACCACAGUGGGAGAAAAUUGCUGAUCCAUAUGGCAAAUUUUCAAUUCCACAGUACAGCCGUUGGCUUUAUCACGGCAGAAGAAGCUUCCCAACUACGGGCCGAAUUGACAGCAGGUUUUACAGCAUGUUUUCGGCAAAUGUACGACCAGCAGAUAGCAAAUCUGCAGGCAAUACAUGACGCAAUGCAAAACUUGAUGGAGCAAUCAAAAUUCAUGUUGAAUUCGGUUCCUGCACCGCCAGAAAUGUCAUGCCCCCAAACGGACAACGCCAUUCCUGAGCAUAUACCCAGUCAGACAGACUGGAGACAGGACCAAACAGGAGGACAGGCCCGACCAGGGACGACCGAAUGGACGGAGACAGGUCGGCAGGAUCACGACGCCUGGACGGACCAUGAUCGGGAAGACCACGUCGACUGGACGGACAAAAAUCGGGAGGACUACGUAACCUGGACGGAUACAGGUCAGGAGGACCCCGCCGAAUGGACGGAUACAGGUCAGGAGGACCCCGCCGAAUGGACGGACACGGGUCAGGUCGCCGACCAUAACUUUUCAGGCGAGCAAAAGAAUGACAGAACAACAGUGGCCGAAAGGAGGAAUAAGUCGGACGGGAGUCUGAAUACAAUGGUAGUGCAAGAUCGACCAACGUCCAGGCCAGCACCAGUCCGCGAUAAAUGGAGGUCGGGUCCAACGUAGCCUCAAAGGA